AUGUUUGACGGAUCGGCCGCUCAGUCUGAUUGCAGUGAUUGCUGUGAUAAAGGUAACUACAAAGAGAUUGAUGAACCACGGCGCAGCAUCAGAAGUAUAUGGAAAGUGGGACAAAAAGCUCUAUGUGAUUCAAGUCUACCUUGGGGAUGGUAUCGCUUUACAAGCUUCACAGGUGGUGAGAUGCCUACCUCUAUUGUCGACAAAAAUCACUGCGGCACGGCAGCCCCAGUUUGGAUAAAAGGAACUAAUCCCUCAGAGCAAGAUGGGACGGUGGACCGAAAAGCAUGCAUAAACUUUUUUAAUAUAAAUAAUGGUUGUUUUAAUUCGUUAAACAUAAAGGUCAGGAACUGUAGCUCAUACUACGUCUACUUCCUGGGGCCCACGUACUCCUGUGCAAUUGCCUACUGCGCUGGCACGAAGGAACCCUGUCCUUAUGGAAAAGUCGGGGAGCCAGAUGAAUGUUCUGGUAUGUUCAUAUGA